CUUUAAUUGUAACUCUAAAUUUUAUUUUAAUUUCUAAUUUCUAAUUCCGCUCAGUACUGUUUGCAUAUUAUACUGCUAGAAAGAAAAGUCAGUGGUUGCCGAGUUAUCAUUAAUUGCAGCAAUUCCUCUAUAAAUUGUCAGAAUGUCCGAUGGCUCAGACAGUAACGAAACCGAACCAUUAUUAGCGGAGAACUUUAGAGAGUCAUACGGAAUUAGUGAUGAAAUAUCUAAGGAUAAAUCUCAUCGUAUGCUAAAUAGAGUUGGCUAUUCAACAAGUGACUUAACCAAUGCCAGUGUUGACUUCGGACAAGAAUUCUUAAGAAAACAACCUGAUGGUCCAAUAGAAUUACAUCGUGCUUCUACAAUCUCAUCUCAAUAUCAAAAACCAUUAUUUCAUAGAUUAUUUUCAAAUCAAUUUACUGUAUCUAAUGCCAAUUCUCCUCAUGACAAUUCCUUAUAUACUGGGAAUACAUUUACUUCUAGAUCAAGAUCUGGUAGUUUUAUCCUUGGACCUCUUGAUCAAGCUAGUGUAUAUUCAGUAUCUGAUCCUGAACAUCAAAAGAGAUUAAGUAUAAUUAGUGUAAUGCGUCCAAGUAGAUUGAUUGGAAGUUAUACUCAGUUAUGUAAUUGGUAUGAUUAUUAUAUUGAAAAGGAUACUAUGAAAUCAAGAAAAGCAUCAGUAAGAAAUUAUUAUAAAGAGCAGAAUGAAAUUAUUAAGAGAUUACAGGAAAUUGAUAAUUUCUUAGAUGCGGGAAAGAUUCAUUAUAAUAUGUUGAGUCAUUAUGGACAAGAUUCCAGAAUCUUAGCCACUCACGUGGAAGAGGAUGAAGAUAUUGAUGAAGAAGAUACUGAUAUUGGAAUUACUACUACUUCCAAUUCUCAUAUUACAAGGCAAACACUGCAACAUAGUGAUUUAGAACUGCAACUGCAUCUGCAUCACCUUAUGAAGCAUAAAUAUUCCCGGUUUUAUGAUGUUCCAGGAAAUGUAGAUCAAAAUGGAUCUAAAUUCUUAGGAUAUGAUGAAGAAGAAGAAGCUUCUCAAGUAUAUAUUGCCAUUAUGGUUAAUUUCUUUCUAAAUUUCAUAUUAUUGAUUGGGAAACUUAUAGUAACCCUUUUAACUAAUUCUAUUUCCGUUGUGGCAUCGUUAGUGGAUUCUAUCUUAGACUUUUUAUCUACAUUCAUCAUUUUUAUAUCCAACAAAUUAAGUACUUCAAAAGAUUGGAAAAUACAACAUGCAUACCCUGUAGGAAGAACAAGAUUAGAACCUUUAGGUAUUCUUGUAUUUUCUAUUAUUAUUAUCAUUUCCUUUGUUCAAGUUGGACAAGAAGCAUUUAAACGAUUAGUAUUUAGUAAUCCUUCCGAUAGAAUAGCAGCACAAAUUGGAUUAGAUUCAAUUGCAAUUAUGUCUAUUACUAUUAUAAGUAAAAUUGCCUGUUGGGUAUGGUGUUCAAAGAGUAAUUCAAGUUCAGUUCAAGCCUUAGCUCAAGAUGCAGAAACAGAUAUUGUAUUUAAUUUGGUAUCUUUAGCAAUGCCAACCAUUGGAUUUUAUUUAAAUAUUUGGUGGUUAGAUCCCUUAGGAGCAGUAUUAUUAUCCAUCUAUAUUAUAUUUGGUUGGAGUAAAACUGCAUUUGAACAUAUUAAUAAUUUAACUGGGGCAGCGGCUGAUCCAUUAGAUUAUAAAGUUAUAUUAUACCUUGCCUAUAGAUUUGCUGAACCUAUAAAACAAAUUACUGCCCUUAAAGCUUAUCAUGUAGGAGAUAAUUUAAAUGUUGAAAUAGAUAUUGUAUUUGCUAAGGAAGAAUAUAAUCUUAGCUUUAAAGAUUGUCAUGAUAUGGCUGAAGCCUUACAAUAUUCAAUUGAAACAUUACCUAUGGUUGAAAGAGCAUUUGUUCAUAUAGAUUAUAUGGAAGGUAACUAUAAGGGACAUCUUAAGUAAACUGAAAUAUGUAUAUGUAUAUGUAUAUGUAUAUAUAUAUA